AUGGAUAAUAGCAAAAUCGACAACAGCGAAAGAAAUAAUCAGGUCAGGGACAGCGGAAGGCAAUACAAGAAUCGUAGCCUAACAGACUACUCUAAUUCGGUGCUCGUUUGCGAACCUGAGCACGAGCUAGACAUAUCGCGGCAAGAUAUCGUUUCCCGGGGACGUUCCCCUAGUCCAGUUCGCGAACUUAGCCGCCAUCCAAGACUAUAUAAAGAACGAGGCGGGCUGGACAAGUUGCCACCACAAACAUCUAUUGACGCACCGUUGGUCACGGGUGCAAGAGACUCGGAUGCGGCAGUAAAUCUUUGGCUUGACGGAAUUUUGACACUUGAGCAGACUGGGCGCUCAACAAAACAGAGAGACCUUGUUCAAGAAGACAAUGAGUCGCCUGCCGUCAACAAUGAGGCCUUUCAAGCCCAAGCCCACGAAGCAUCUACCACGGAUGAUAAUAACAACCAAAUGUUAGAACCUAAUCAUGAGACAACUACCAUGGAUAAUCCGGCUGCCGCCGCGGAUGUCCAAUUUCCAAUCUCUUGGCGAACAUUGUUCUCUCCAAAUGAACCCGGCAGCAAGAUCUUACACUACAUCGAGACAACUCUAUGGCCACAUAUGAACAACGAGACCAGGAGGCACUUCAACGCGAGGGCAAAUCCAUAUAGGUAUCUCAGGUUUGCCAGGACAACGGUGCAGCCAUCUAACCAUGCAAUGACGAAACAUAUUUACUCGGGUAGGGGCGACAAAACAAAGAUGCAGGUCGAUCCAGAGGAACCCCAAGCACUUGUAUUGACAAUCAUGGCUCUGGCAACGUGGGGAGAUGCCAAGCUAAGGGAACGAAACCCCACGUAUCUGCUGAUAUGUAGACAUUGGCCUGCCGAAUUAUCCGCACUGCCCAAAGGCCAAGCACCGGGUAUCCGAUUUCUUACGGUACGACAACGGAAGAAGCUGGACGAAGAGCAGGGACAACGGCAUCAGGGCGGGCGCGAACCAGAUAUAUUCACCACAGAACAACAAACGACCGAGCAACGAGCUACAGAUCAACCAACGACAGGUCCACACAUGACCGGGAACGAGCGCAACACGCAGAUAACAGAUUAUCUGAAGAAGGGGGUGCAGAGUCUGAACAAUGGUGCUACGCCGCAUUACCUUGCGGAAGCCUUGGUGCGUAUUGAACAAAAGGUUGACUGGCAGAACGAGGCGAUUAUCCGCCAAAAGGAGGAAAUGGCCCGGCAGGGCAUACAGAUAGAAAAAAAUGCGCGACGACAUGAUAUUUUAUACCGCAAUGUCGCGGGCCUCUACGACAUUUUGAGAUUGCCAAUGGGGUUUGAGGGUCCAUGA